AGAAGCACAGACUUAGCUCAUUGGCGGGAAAAUGUCUGUACUAUCCUUAAUGUCCUUGCAUCCACCCUUCGUAUAAAAUCUAACCCAUAAUACCAGUCCAUAUUUUCUCUCCUUCCCCAUAUCCAUCAAUCCGAAUAACAAUCUAGCCAAUCUUUUUUUAAAGUUUUUUAGUUUCCAUUUCAGUUCUUUUAAGUUUCAGGCGGUGAAGGUCCGAUCCGGAGAUUGUUAUUGGUUCCAUCUAUUUUGAUCAAAAUGUCUGGUGGCGGGUUCGAGGAGGAAGCUGAGGAGACUGUGUCAAUUAACGAGUACAUCCAAAAUAUGGAAGACGAGGAGCUAGAAGCUGAUUUGGUUUUGGGCGGAGAUGAGGGUGAUGAGUGUACCUAUGCUAAGGGCUAUAUGAAGAGGCAAGCAAUUUUCUCAUGCUUGACAUGCACACCAGAGGGGAAUGCUGGAGUUUGCACUGCUUGCUGCUUGUCUUGUCACGAUGGCCAUGAGGUUUUGGAGCUUUGGACCAAGAGAAAUUUUAGGUGUGACUGUGGAAAUUCAAAAUUUGGGGUGUUCUCCUGCAAGCUCUUUCCAAGUAAAGAUGCAGAAAAUCCUGAGAACUCAUAUAACCAUAACUUCAAAGGUUCAUACUGCAGUUGCAAUCGGCCCUAUCCAGAUCCAGAUGCUGAAGAACAAGCAGAAAUGAUACAGUGCUGCAUGUGUGAGGAUUGGUUUCAUGGGGAGCAUAUAGGUCUUAAAUCCUCUGAUAAGCAGAUUCCAAGGGAUGAGGAAGGAGAGCCCCUUUAUGAGGAUUUUAUUUGCAAUGUGUGUUCUCCUGUUUGCUCUUUUCUAAUGUCAUAUCCUGAAACCAUAUGGGCUACAGGUGGACAGUGUGUUGCCUUGACUGAUGCUGGUAAAGACAAAAAUGUAUUGGAAGACAUCCCAUCCUCAUGUGGAUCUGGAAAGCUUGAGGAUGGUGUUUGCACACCGAGUUCUCCUGGAAAGGAUAAGGGGAUAACCAAUGCUAAUCCUGAAUCCACAUCUUGUGGGAGUAAAUCUGUUAUUGGAGAAAGUUCUGAGGAGAAAAUUAGCUCCAAUGACCAUCCAUAUGUCUCCUGUGUUCUUGGAGUCAAUAAGGUGCCUGCUUCCCCUGAUUCGGAGAGUAAACCAUUUUUUCUUUCAAAAAACUGGAGGGAUGUUCUCUGCAGAUGUGAGAAAUGCUUAAACAUGUAUAACCAGAAGCAUAUAAGUUAUUUACUGGAUAAAGAAGAUACCAUUGCUGAGUAUGAGAAAAGGGCAAAGCAGAAGAGGGUAGAAAAGUUGCAGCAACAGGAGGGUGAUGCACUAAGUUUUUUUAAUAAUCUUGGUCAUGUGACUAAAAUGGAGAUAUUGAAUGGCAUUCAAGACUUUACUGAGGAGUUUCGUGGCUUCCUGGGAUCUGUUGACCCAUCAAAGACAGUCACAGCUGCUGAUAUUCACCAGCUCUUUGAGAAUCUUAAAAACAAGCGUAGGCGCAUGUAGAGUGAGUUCUGCCGGAUCUAUAUGCACCUUUGUUGGACGGACCCUUCAGUAGUUGGUUUUUGAAACUGAUCUUUGGUUGAAAUCGGUAGAAGAUAUGGAAAGAGUUAGGUUCUUUGAAGUUUAAAAAUUCUGAUGAAUGGAACAUUUUGCUAUCUAAAUUAUGUUUGAAGCUGAUCUUAGGUUGAGAAACAGAUGAGUAACUCUUUCGAGUUAGAAACAGCUGCUUGUAUGAGCUGGGAUGAACUAUUCCUUACUGUAAAUUAUGUGUUCAUUCCUAAGUUAACAGGCACUUUUCCUUAUGUCAUUAAA